AGAUGGUUGAGUAUGAUUUUGUGAAGCAAGUUGUCUGCCGCUCCAGUAGCCUUCCAGUCCGUCCAUGGCACUGGUACCAGCCACUCUCACUUCCUUCUUCCUCCUCUCAAACCUCGCCGGCUCCACCACCAUCGAUUAUGGCGAAUUCACCAUCGCAGACAUCCAAUCCUCCUUCGCCGACGGCAGUCUCACCUCUCGCCAGCUGGUUCAAUACUAUCUAAACCGAAUUCACUCCGUCAACCCAACCCUCCACGCCCUCAUUGAACUCAAUCCCGACGCCCUCUCCGACGCCGAUUUCGCUGACCGCCACCGCAGUCCAGCCUCGAGCAUCCUCCACGGUAUACCCAUCCUUCUCAAGGACAGCAUCGCUACCCGCGACCGCCUCAACACCACCGCUGGGUCCCUCGCUCUCCUCGGCUCCAUUGUGCCCCGGGACGCAGCCGUCGUCCGCCGCCUCCGCGCCGCCGGAGCCAUCAUUAUCGGCAAAGCGAGCAUGAGCGAGUGGGCUAACUUCCGAUCCCUAUAUGCGCCGAACGGCUGGAGCGCGCGAGGGGGGCAAGGUCAAAAUCCUUACGCCGCGGCGGCGGAUCCGUGCGGGUCAAGCAGCGGGUCAGCGAUCGCGGCAGCCGCAGGGAUGGCGGCGGCAACGUGCGGAAGAACGGAGACAGACGGAUCAAUCAUCUGCCCGGCUGCAGCAAACUCCGUUGUGGGGAUAAAGCCGACGGUAGGGUUGACGAGCCGGGCCGGGGUGGUGCCGAUCUCACCUAGGCAGGACACGGUGGGACCGAUUGCAAGGACGAUGGCGGAUGCAGUGGCAGUGCUUGACGUGAUUGUUGGGUACGAUGAGAGGGAUUCGCAGGCCACGGCGGCGGCGGCGGGGGUCGGUCCCGGGGGGGGGGACCGGGGGUUGAAGGAGGACGGAUUGGAGGGGAAGACGGUGGGGAUUCUUCGCAAGGGCUUUUUCAGUUUUGCAGAAGGGUCUUUGGAAGAUAACGCUUUCGCAUCGCACUUCGACGUCAUGAGGCAAAAAGGAGCAACCUUGGUGGACAAUUUGGAAAUACCUAAUGUGAGCGCCAUACUCGAUCCAUUCCAGAGCGGGGAAGAAGCUGUUCUAUUGGCUGAGUUCAAACUCUCACUGAAUGCUUAUCUCUCUGACCUCGAAAUCUCCCCUGUAAGAUCUCUAGCAGACGUCAUAGCAUUCAACAAUGAGCACAGAAAAGAAGAAAGGAUUGAAGAGUAUGGUCAAGAUGUGUUUUUGGCAGCGGAGAACACAAACGGGUUGGGUGCAGAAGAGAGAUUUGGGAUUCAAAGAAUGGCUGAGCUAUGUGCAGAUGGAUUGGAGAGGGUGAUGAAGGAGCAGAAAUUGGAUGCAGUGGUGACUCCAAAUGAAAGCGGAGCGGCGAUUCUAGCCAUUUGUGGGUAUCCGGGGAUCAGUGUGCCCGCUGGUUAUGGGAGCUCAGGAGCGCCCUUCGGAAUCUGCUUUGGGGGAUUGAAGGGAUCUGAGCCGGAAUUGAUCGAGAUAGCUUAUGGUUUCGAGCAGGCGAGGAAGGUGAGGAGGCCGCCAUUGCUGGCCUCAGUAGAAGGAUUGAGGUGGAUGCCCAUUGGAGGAGAAGAGAUCAUGUGAAGAUGUCUCAGGUCCGUUUUGGGGUGCAUUUUUUUAGGGUCGCGGCCCCAAAUCGAAAAGAUAAUAUUUUUUUCGUGUAUUUUCCUUCGGCGGCAGCGGUCGCUUGCCGCUAAAAAAGAAGAAAGCCGGCCGCGGGGUCGACUCCGUGGUCUGGCUUUCUCGAGCGUUAAUGCCUCGUUUGCCCCGCUCCAAAUCCCCGCUCGAUGCAACCCUAAACUUGUUCGGGAAACCGCUGCUUCUUACUCGAUCGCCCCACUCAAUCGUCCGCUCCGAAACCCCUGCUCUCUUAAAAUUAAUAUAGCCUGUUCGGUUGUAGAAUGAUUCUCCCGUUUUAUUUUACUGUAAUUUUUCAGCAUUGGUAGGUUGAAA